AUGUGCACUUUUCAAACCAAAAAGCACAAAUUCAAAUUCAGAACAUCACUAGAUCUCAUCUGGCAUUUAAAUUACUUAGAUCAGAACAACUAACAAUGUAGAUUUUAAAGUGAUUGGAAAUAAAGGCAUCCUCAAUCCAAUGACUACAAAUAUAAUCCAUAUCAUUACCAAUAAAGAGGUUGGGUGUAUUUAACUAUAUAGUAGAAUAUCAUGAAAGCAAAGUUUUAGAUUAUGACAGUGAUUGUCAGUCCUAAUGAUGACAUCGAUAUUGCAUUUCAAAGAGCAAAUUCAGAAUAAAUUUAAAUGGAGACCUUAAAAACCAAGCCUACAAUUGAGUAAGAUACCUAAUCUUUAAUUUCUGAAAAAUCCCAUUUCAAGUCUACAAUUGCUCCUAAAUAAAUCAUACCUAUAGUUCCUAUAAAUCAUAUGGAAACUCCUCUAAAUGAGAAGAAGGAUUAAUUCCAGCCCACUGUUUUACAUUUAUUAAUAGUUGGUACAGUUUGCCUUUUGAUUGGCUACUUUGCACAUAUGAAUAGCAUUAGAAAUUGUUGA